GACGAUUUGCCAUGCUCAAGCACCUUGUCGCGUGGGCGCUCGUGCUGGCGACGGCCGUCGUCAGCAGCGCCAAGAUGGAAGAGCUCUCGUUCGGCGGGCCCUUUGACAAGAUCGACGCCAACGGCCAGCGCUACGUGAACGGCUCGUGGAUUCACGGUGGCUCGACCGAGGUCAAGAAGGGCUUUGUGCGCCUCACGCCCGACCGCCAGAGCAAGAAGGGCUACCUCUGGAACAACGUGCUCAUCAACCGCGAGAGCUUCUCGACGAUCCUCACCUUUCGCAUCUCGGGCCAAGGCAAAAAGUGGUUUGGCGAUGGCAUUGGUCUCUGGAUCACGACAAGCCAAAACUACGUGUUUGGCGACAACCACGGCUUCACGGCCGACUUUACUGGCAUCGGCAUCAUCCUCGACACGUUCGCCAACCCGGAGCACAAGGGCGGCCACAAGGACGUGUCGAUCCAGAUCAACGAUGGCACCAAGACCCUCGACAUGCUCAACGACGAGACCAAGAUUGGCUGCGACGCGGCCGUGCGCUACUACGAAGAGAGCGCGUCGUUCAACCCGGUGCACAGCGCGGGUCGCCUCAAGGUCAAGAUUGACCAGAACCGCCUGCGCAUCGAUGUGGACGCGACCAACCAGGGCGCGUGGACGCGCUGUUACGAAGGCGAGCUUCCGCUGCCGGCGGGCUGGCUCUCGCGCUCGACCGUGGGCAUUUCUUCGGCGACGGGCGGCGUCGCCGACAACCACGAUGUGCUGCAGCUGGCGUCGUACGAGAUGCCGGACGACCCGGCCAUGUCGCAGGCCGACUCGGACACGCUCAUGCACAACCUGUCCAAGGACUACAAAAAGUGGCUCACGGACCCGUCGUGCCAGACGGACUGCAAGAUUGCAGUCUUGACCAAGGAGAUUGACAACUUCCGCCUCGAGUCGGAGCACAAGCUCACCGACUUGAAGGAGAAGACGGCGAACACGAUCGCCAAGCUCCGCGCGCAAGAGCAGGCCAACGAAGACCGCAUCCAGACCAUCUACCAGAAGAUCACGAGCAUCGUCGAUAGCUCGCUCGACCGCCGCGUGGCCGACCACGCCAACCACGUCAAGGCCAAGAUCGACGAAAAGGUCAAGAACGCGCCGACGGACGGCAGCUGGAAGGGCCCGUUUGUCAUCCUCAUUGUCGUGCUCGGCGCGGGCGGCGCGCUCGGCUACAAAAAGUACCAAGAGUUGCGCAAGAGCCAUUUGCUUUAGACUAAGAAAUCCUUCCGUACAGUACUGGUGCCCCUUUGACUCCCGCAAUGCACGGUGGUCUGUUGUAUCGGAGAAACCGUUGCGCCGCCCGACCACGAGCUUCGAGCAAACUGCAAACUCAGCGUUCAAGCAUCCGACUAGUAUGCACGGGACUGCUGCA